CCUCCCCUUAUGCCAGUCUGCCCCGAAAAGGGACCAAAACAAUACGCAUCACAAAGACUACAGCAAUUUUAGUGAACGGUACAGUGCGGGAAAACGGCCGCAGCUCAGUGUCGCAAUCUCCAGUUGCUUUGCGAAUAUAUACUACAGUGAUCGAUUGAGAGAUGGUUUCGCCAGUGACAGUGGUGAAGAGCGAAGGCCCUAAACUGGUGCCCUUCUUCAAGUCUACCUGUGUCUACUUCGUCCUGUGGCUACCAACCUCAAGCCCUUCUUGGUUCAGCGCACUCAUCAAGUGUCUACCCAUCUUCUGCCUGUGGCUCUUCAUGCUGGCCCACGGCUUCAGCUUCUUAGGUGCCCACUCCAGUGCUCGCAAGAUCCUGGCUGGUCUCAUCUUCUCUAGCCUGGGAGAUGCCUUUCUCAUCUGGCAGGAGGAUGGCUACUUUAGCCAUGGUUUGCUGAUGUUUGCCAUCUCCCACAUCCUCUACUCCUCGGCCUUCGGUAUGAAGCCCCUGAACCCGCUUGCCGGCCUGGUGAUCGGCGCCAUUUCGGCCGUGAGCUACGCCCUGCUCUACCCCUACCUCUCAGGCCCCUUCACCUACCUGGUGGGGGUCUAUAUCGCCCUGAUCGGCUUCAUGGGCUGGCGGGCAGUGGCCGGCCUCCAGUUGGCCAAUGACCUGUGGACCUGGACCAAGAUGUCGGCAUGUCUGGGCGCUGUACUCUUCAUGGUCUCCGACCUCACUAUUGCCGUUAACAAGUUCUGCUUCCCUGUGCCGCACUCACGCGCCGUUAUCAUGGCCACCUACUACGCCGCGCAGAUGCUGAUCGCGCUCUCCGCCGUUGAGUGCCAGGAUGUGGAGACGGCAAGGAAGAUGGCAUGAAGAGGAGAGAGCGAGGUCGCGUCACGUGAUCAAGAAGAUGUGAUAGGGGCAGCCAAUCCCCCUUGUUUUUGUCAUGGACAUAUUCCCGAGACAGUUACCCCCAAACCCCCUACUUUGGUUGUAGCGUGGCAUUCGCACACUGUUGUUACCAUGGAAACUAGUGUACUACCACCAGCCUGCCCCAUGGCUAGUGGGACAGUCAAAGACCCUAGUUACCAUGGAGACAAGUGCACUACUUUUAACCCUCAACUACUGCCCUACAGUUCUCGUAGAUACGUCCUAGUUACUAGAGAGUAGUGCACGACAACUCCCCCACCUCACUGCCUAGGAUGUUGGUACAGAUGACCAUACAGAUCACCAUGUCAAGGUUUGUGUGUGGGUGUGGGUGUGGGUGCGUGUACGUGCGUAUUAGGUUAGAGGAUUCAUACUAUAUAACCUACAGAUGAGUGUGAAUUCUCAUGGCCUGCUACAAUAAUAGCACAUCUUCCUUCUGCCCCCCAGUCAUUGGCUGCCCUCUCCACCCCAUUUACAGUAUAAUGUGGUCCAAUAUUGCAAAUUCAAAGGAUGUGUUUCCUGUGGCAUAUUGUCUUUGCAACUAUUUUAUCACCAUUAUUUAAUUUAUCUCUGAAAAGGGAGUUGUUAUAGUGAAUAAGUUUGCACAUCUGGACUUGUUAUGGGGGAGGUUGUGUCCCAUAACUGCUGUCUGUUCUCAUGUAUUUAGGUGCUGUUCUCAAAGUCUGGAGCACAUCCACCCUCCUUUUUUACUGAUUUUAGUCUCUUCACUUUCACUUAAGACAAACUGCCUUUUGUACUUCUGCUCGCCACACUCCUAUUAGAAUACAUCCUCUCUCCUGUGUCUAUGAGCCUAUGAAAAUGGCUGUGAAUGUCUACGCACACACACAGAGAGAGAGAGAGAAUUUGUGGACUUUUACCUAGCUAGCUGUUGCUAAAUCAUUUGUCCUGGGAUAUGAACAUUGGGUUGCUAUUGUAACUGAAAUCCAUAUGGUCCUUCUAUCUGCUGGAUCUUUGUAGAAUUUUGUACCCAUUUUGAGUCCCACAAAAUCGUGUGUUCUCUACUCUGACAAUGAAUCGAAAAGUAAAAGGGAAAACCUAGUAUGUUUUCUUUGAUUCAUCUCUCCUCAUUCAUUCCUCUUUGGAUUUUAUAUGACUGUUGGCAACUGGCAUUAAGGCUCAUGACCUCCAACUAGGCUGGAGUGCGGACCUGCUUCAUCUUUCAAUCACUCACGUGGGUUUGUAUGAUCCUAAAAACCAAGGCGGAGAUGGGAGAGGCAUGACUUGCCGCGCCAAAUAAGUUCUAUUUUAGUGCCUGGCUAUGCAGAUGACGUGCGUGAGCAGUUUCGAUGACAUUAUUGAAGAACAUGUAUGUCUACAUGUAUUUUUUUCAACACUCGCGCACGCAACGCGGCCGGUUUGAUCAGCAUGUGAGAGAUCAUUUGAGAGCGCCUGCUCUAGUAUUUUACCACAGUCAUACUGAUCACUCAAAAGGCUGGUCCCUAAGGGGAACAUUUUUCUUAGAUCUGUGUGUGUGUGUGUGUGUGUGUGUGUGUGUGUGUGUGUGUGUGUGUGUGUGUGUGUACCCUCUGUACCUGAGGCAUCUCACAGUGUUCCUCCUUUACUGUUUAUGUUACCCUGAACACGCACAAACACACACCACAUAUACACGCUUCCUUCAGGUCACACUUCAUACCUCCAGCUCCUGCUGGUUUGGUUAUUAGAAGAAGGCUGGUGGUGUCCUUAUUGCUGGAACAUUUUCAGCUACCAACUGUGUGCCUAUGGCCAUAUAAAGUGUUACAAAAAGGACAUGUUGGCUGAAGCCAGUCCUUGUUUUGUCAACAGUGCUUGGGCCUUCAGAGAAGAACACAGCCCUAGGACACCCUGGUCCCUUAGGGUCCAAACACAGCCAAAAAAGAGAGAGAAGACUGGCCAAUGGUUUCAUUAGCACAAGGGAACAAUAAUACCACUCAAUCCCGAUUGGUUAUAUCCCCCUAGAUAGAUAUGCAGCUAUGACACUUAUCUGUCAUAGUAUUUUUCUCUGUUGCACCAGCUAUAGGGCCAUCUUUGCUGAGUUAUUGUGCUGUCUGUUUGAAGCAUAUUGACUGAAAAAAUGUCUGUGUGUAUUUAAGAAAUUUUAGAAAACAGAUACAUUGUUAUACUUGUUGCAUGUUCUUUUAGUGUGUGUGUACUGUAUGUGUGUGCGUGCGUGUAGGUGUGUGUCGAGCUCCCUCUAGGGCCGUGGCAGAAUUGCUGUGAACUAUCAUUUUGCUUGAACAUUGGCUAAAUGUACAUCAUACUGGCGUAUUCCCAUUUUGUGAUAUUUUCUCAAAAUCCUUUGGCAUUUUCUCUUCAGUCCCCCAUCUUCCUAUUAAUGGAUAUUGUCUAUAGUAUUUUCACCUGCUAUUACCUUUUCCCUUGCUGUCUCUUUCCUUUCUAUGACCCCAUAAUCAGGGAUGACUGAUUAAUGCCAGGCCAUUUUUAUGUAACGUUUUCUAGCACAUAAUGUUCUGAGAACCAUAUGUUUCUUAGAGCUUGGUGAGAGAGUGAUUGUCCUAUGUUUAUUUUGCAUACAACUUUUCCACAACUUUUUGGGAAUGGUGCAGGAUAGUUUGGAACAUUCUCAGCACCUUUAAGGAACUUGACAAGAAAAUUAUAUUUUCUUGGUACUUCAUUACUUUAACAGAAUGUUUCCUAAAAGUUCAAACAUGGUUACAUUUCAUUUCAAUUUUGGUCAUGUUCUAGGAAUGUUCUCCAACUGGUUUGACAUUGGGAAUGUUCAAAAUGGUUCAACUUCGUUAAGAAACAAUGUUCUUCGUUGGGAAUUUCAGUACUUCAGGCAUAACAUUUUACUACAGGUUUCCUCCUGGUUCCAUUUAAAGUCAUGUUCUCAAAUUGUUCCGAGAACGUUAAAAAAACUUUUCAUAGAAACCACAAAACUUUUGUAAUGUUCAGAGAACGUUCUAGGAAUGUUAUUUAAUAACAUACAUUCCAUUCUCAGCAUCACCAAAAUUAUCUCAAUCUUGUUAAGUGUGUUCAGGUGCGUUGCCUGCGCCCACUAAUUGGCCACACCUGGUCUUAAUGAGCGUUCGUUUCAAUUGAAAUGGGGUCUGUUUGAAUAAACUAAAAUGCUAGCUCCAUCCUGGUGGUGUGGUGGACUAAUUCCAUGGAUAGAUUAUAGGUUCGAAUCUCACUGAUGCCGUGUCACAAUGAAAAAUAAAUGUGUUUGCAUGAUUAAUGCAUAAGGAAAUGUAUUUCCAUGUGUCCUAUCUGUGCAAGUAACCCACUUGUCAACUAUCGCAAAAUCAACAAAACAAUUCACAAUGUCAUUGGAUUUAGGUUAAAAGUUUGGUGGGGAAAAAAACGAAAUUCCCUUCUGUUGACUUUUUGAAAAUCCAAUUGGUUUCCCACAUUGAUUCAACAUCAUCACAUAGACAUUUUUUUUAAAUGACUUGGAAACAUCAUUGAUUCAACAAGUUUCUGCCCAGUAGGAAAAGUCACAUCCAGUGAACGUUUUAAGGAAGUUAUUAAAAAACCUUGAAAUAACCUAUAAUUUCCAUUCUCAGAGCGUUAAAGAACCCUCCCAGGAAUACUUUCAAGGAACCAGAGUAAAACAUUCUCAGAACCUCCUGAAACCCCAAAAUAAACCUUCACUUCACUUCUGUUCUCGUAACGUUUACCAGUCAGGAAACGUAUGACUUAAUUCCCACAACCAAUGUGAAACCAAAAACAUACUUUACCACAACUUCCAAGGAACCAAAUGUACUAGCUGGGGUCUCUUCUCAAACAUAAACAUUGUGUGGUUAUUAAAGGGACGUGGUAUAUCUUAUGAGUGUGUAGGCACUAUUUCUUUUAUACCGACUUUUUUCAGCCCUGCAUCCCGCUAAAGGAUGUUCAUUUGAUUACACUUUUCUGUAGAGAGUGGUUGUUGUAUAGCGCCCACAGAGUCUAAUGUAGCAUGAAGAAGCAUGCUAACAAUUGAUGUGUUCUAUUGGUAUUGAAGACAUCUAUCUGUUGGCUAUUGUUGUUUAUUGAUAUCAAUUCAGCUACAGUAUAUGAAACUAACUGACAGUUUACUGGAAUAAGUAGAGGAACUACUUAAAGAUGCAUACAAACAGUAUAUUGUAACAUAUAUUUAUUUGACCUUUAAUAGUUUUAAAUAUUGUGUAUAGGGAGUAUUUGAAUACUUGUGGAUACACAGAUAGAGUAUCCAAAUAUAUCGUACUGUUCUGUCCCACUGGGCACCAACUGGUUGAAUCAACGUUGUUUCUACAACAUUUCCACAAAGAAAUGCAAUGUUUUUUCUUUUGAUGAUGUUGAAUCAAUGUAGAAGAUUAAUUGGAUUUGCAAAAACUCAUCAACGUACAGGAAUUUUGGAUUUUUUUGUCAACCAACUUUUAACCUAAAUAAAAUGACAGUCUAAGCUGCAGAAGGAAUUACUGAUAGAUCAAGAUUCGAAAUGAGGGGAAGCAUGAGCUCCCCUUAAUGCAAUAAAAGUCCAACUUUAAUUAAACCAUUCUCCUAUUUGUUUAAAAUGCAAUUUUGUACUGUUACAGUUGUACAUUUUUAAAUAAAAGCUUAAACGAAC